AUGUCUGAAGUUCCUAAUCCAGAAUCUCCCAGUUCAUCGAUAUUUAAACAACCGAAUGCCUCAACAUCAACAAAAAUUCAUGGUGCUCCAUCUAGUUCACAAAUUGCUAAUGUCGAUUUCAACACCUUGAGAAAAUUAAAUACGAACACCUCGUUUUCGUCAAACUUAACUAACUCAACCACUAAAACAAGCAAUGCUUUAUCCAGGCUAUUCACUAGAAAUAAGUCGUCAUCUAACAUUUCAAUUUAUCAUUCUCCAAGCGAUGAUGAUAGCUCCCCAAAGACACUUCGAGAAUCCGCGUCUCCAUCUGAAUCAAGCAAGAGUGGCAAUAGGUUGAAGAUUGCCCAGAAGUUAAAGUUUUCCAAGAAUCAAAGCAGUCGUAAACCAGAAUUGUUUUUGGAUACCAGUAGCUCAAUAAGUGAAGAUAACUCUUCGUUUCGGAAAAUAGUAACUGGUAAUCUGCUGAAUGAGGUGAAUAAGUCAAGAAAGAACUCAAUGAGCUCGCCAAUGAGUACCACAUUUCAUAGUUUGUUUCAUCGAUCUCAUCACAAUGGCAGCAGUUUUCAGCAAGAUACCAAUCUGGUUGCGACUGGCACGACACCUUUGUCCAGUAAGUUCGAUGACUUGUCAAAAGUAUCCAAGGCAACUUUAUGUCUUUCCUCAAACAGCUCAAAUUCAAUAAUCAGCAAUCCUGAACUAGCUCAGAUUUAUAAUUUCACCAACCCAAAUAUUUCAAUUGAAGAUGGAGAGACUAAUAUGGACCAUACAAACAGUUCUUUUUUGGAUAUUCAUAAGAAAAUGCUUGUGCCAGCAGAUCUGUUUAUCCAGAAUAAGUUAAACAAGUAUCACCAAACAGAAGUUGGAUUGGGCAUAUAUGAAAGUGAAUUGGAUCACGAAAAAGAUAGUAAGAUAUAUUCGAACCUUUAUCAUUACUUGAAACCACUAUUCACCCCAUUCUUUUCCGUAUCCGACUCUGGUCGAAAGGUAAGCAUGCGUCCAAUAUUGAAUGCAAAUGUGGAAGAAAUUGCAAGUUUUGUAAAAGAGAGCUUUUGUUUACACCAGCCCAAUGAAAGAGCAUCAUUAGAUCACGAUAAAAGUUUUAGACUGAAAACAAGAUCAAGUGUAUCAAGUUUGGGCCAUGGUAAGGUGGACGAUUUUGAUUACAGACAGUUAUCAAAUUUGAUUGAGAAAUUGAUGACAGUAUUGAGUCACAACUUACAAACUGCCGAACCCUUGGAAAUAUCUUUACAAACUUUGAUAUUGAACGCAUGGAGAUAUUAUAAUAAUUAUAUCAGGUUUUACGUGCUAAGUGUAUUUCAACCAUUGCAAACGCACUUGAAUGAACUAUAUAUGAGAAAACAGAGUGGAACCAAAAUUACUAGAAUAGAUGACCUUUUACUUGUAUCUUUUCGCAAGGUUUUUAUUACUGAACAGGGAAUUGGAAGUGGGAAUAGUGAGCCAUCUCAAUUUUUAGGGAAUACUGAGAGUGAUGAGUUAACUGGUAAUGAAUUGUUUACUUCAACUUUGGCUGUGUUGUCGAGUAUAUCAUAG